AGAAGAGGGUCUUCCUCUCAUUGUCUGACACAGGCAUGAACAAACUCUCUCUCUGAUUAUUUUUCCUAAACCCUUCUAAGAGACUCUCUAAUUGGCUUAAUCUAGGAACUAGAGAGGUUGCAGGAAGAUUCCAGACAAGCAAGGCUACGUCAACUCAGAGACACACAUAAUCACACACACACACGCAAAACAGAAAACACUCUCUCUUGCUGUACUAUACUACACAUAAAACAACAUUCAUUUGGGGUUUGGUUUUAGGGUUUCAACUUUCAAGAGAGAGUGCACGGGACUGAAGGGCAAGAGCAAUUAUUAGAAACUGGACCAGUGUGCAGGCUGUGGGAGAGGACUAACAUGACCUUGUCGGUUGUUCUGCCAAGAAACACUAGGCUCCAACUGUAGUCAUCACUCGUUUUGAGUACAAACCAACCUACCUGUUCAUUUUGAUUUUAUUGGGUCGGAUGGGUGGUAGGAAGCACAAUCUUCUUCUCGCUUUUAACAUUAUAUACAUCCCUCCUUCUAAACUUUUUUAUGAUUAAAAAGGUUUGGAGAUUUAUAUUCUUUCAUCAAAUGUUAAAAUCUUUAAAACCAGCUUUCAUAUAUUUGCUUUCAGGGUACACUGAUGGUGCAAUUACAGCUUUCUUUCUACGAUUCUUCUACAUUUGAUUUUAAGGGUAAGCGUAGUGUAAUUUUUUUUUUUUUUUUUUUUUUUUUAGCUCUUGUUGUAGGGGCCCCAUCUGAGUUUCAUCUGGAUAAAUUUUUUUUCCCUCUCUUUUAUUUUUUUUUACUUCCUUCUUUUAUUUCUCUUGGUUAAUCUGAGAUUCUCUUUCUUUUUUGAAUCAUCUAUUCCAUCAGUCAAUUUACUGCUCAAUCACUUUGCUUACGUCUUCGGAAAUAGGAUUGAAAUUAGUGAAAUGGGUUGGUGGGUUUGGCACCCAAAACGUCAAGAUCAGAACAAGAAAGAAAAGGAAUAAUUUUGGGUUUGCUAGUGAUUAUCUCUCUGAUUAAGUUUUGUUCUUGGAUUAAAUGGGAUGAUUUAGGGUUAGAGAAGAAUACAAGAAGAUCCCAUAAACUAACAGAAAAUCAACAUGAUUUAAGAAGUCAUUUAUUUAUAUUAUUUAUUUUUUAAAAAAUAAAAAGGGAAGCUGAGAUCAAGGCAAAACAUAGAUCAAGGCUUUACAUCAGAAAUCAGAUUUGAUGGAACUGAGAGGCCAAGAUAAGGAAAUAAGGAUGCCACUGCCAAGCACCUUGGGCUAUAAUCCUACCCAUAAAGACUCUUCAACCAGGCUGUCUUCUCCAACUGUAGCUUCAACUGUGGGAGAAAGAAGAAGAGAUCAAACUGUUCAUGGUAACACAAUCUUCAACCCAGCUCAAACCCUAGAUCACCAACACCACUACCAUCCUAUUCCACAGCAACCAAAUCCAAAUUCACACAACAACACACACAAACCCGGAAGAGAUCCAGACGCAAACCCAGACAAAAUCCCAGCUCCAAUUGCAACCCCAUCAGGAGCAACAACCACACCAAUCACUAGUGCAUCAAAAAAAUCGCCUACCCCACGACCACAACCACAACCGCAACAAAACAGUUCUACUACUAGGGCUGCACCACCAAAGGUUAUUAGAUAUAGAGAAUGUUUGAAGAAUCACGCUGCCAGUAUGGGCGGCCAUGUUGUAGAUGGCUGCGGAGAAUUCAUGCCAAGUGGAGAUGAAGGCACCCUGGAGGCCUUAAAGUGUGCAGCUUGUGAGUGCCACCGCAAUUUUCAUAGAAAAGAAACUGAGGGUGAGUCACAAUAUGUCUCCAACUCUUACUACAACUACAAUCCCAAUACAAACAAUGAUAGAAGAGAAAUAGUACUACCUCAACAUCAUCGUCCUCCUCCACUUACUCCACCGCCUCAUCAUCUUCACCAUCACCAUCGGCCUCAUCCGGUGCCUAUUGCUCCGAUGAUGAUGGCCUUUGGAACUGGUGGUGGAGCGCCAGCUGAGUCCUCAAGUGAAGAUCUUGGUAUGUUUAGGUCUGAUUAUCAUGUCGGUGUGCAAGGUUUGUCACAAGCACGGCAAUCCAAGAAGAGGUUUCGGACCAAAUUUAGUCAAGAGCAGAAAGAUAAGAUGAUGGAAUUUGCUGAGAAGUUGGGGUGGAAGAUCCAGAAGCAUGAUGAGCAAGAUGUCCAGAACUUCUGUUUAGAAGUGGGUAUAAAGAGGCAGGUUUUCAAGGUAUGGAUGCACAACAAUAAACAAGCUAUGAAGAAGAAGCAAAUUUUAGCACAUGGAGACCAAGAGAUAACGUCUGCCAUAAAUACGAAGAUCCAUAUAUACGGCAAAUAAUUUUGCGCGCUGGCCAGGCCGGAGAAUACAUUAAUGGAGUCAUAUGAGGAAUUUUGCUAGAACAUAGUCCAAAGUAGAUUCUAGGU